AUGUCUGACAAAUCUAUUCAUCAACCAGAAGUUGCUAAACUUAUGGGCAAAUUAAUGCGACUUGCUCAAGGAUGUCCAGCUCUACCAGUUGCUACCAAAGAUGAUAAAUUAUACAUGGUCUAUUGUGAUCCACCACGGAUGGAUUCUAAGGACGAGGAAGACGGCAUAUGGAUUACAGUUGACAGAAAGCUCACGGCAACAUUUGGUAUAGAUGUCAUCAAAAAGAAUCUCAUGCAAGGCUCUCUAGGAAUUGAGUUGGCUUUGAAAUAUCUCAGCAGGGCCCGCGAUCACCCAACCUGGACAGCCAAUUCAGAGCAUCUCCUCAAAUACAAGAUGGAGAUGAUCGCGCAGGAAUUGAUAACUGGAGCUUCUGAUUUCCUUGAGGAAGGGCCGAUAUCCACUGAUGAAGACAAAAAUAAAGCUAGGAAAUCGAGUGAUUGUAUCUCAACAAACAAAUCUCACGGCACAUCAACGGUCAUGAAACGUCGAGUUGUUUCGCAGCCUGAUGUUGAUCCUGAGGCCUGUCACAGUCAACCUAAAAAACCAGCUGCCAAACGCCAUCAACUCGAUACACCUGAAUCCAAAGAAGAUACGAUAAUCAUAUCUUCAGAUGAUGAAAUGACCCAACCACAUAAAAGUACUAGCAAAAUUGUAUCGGCUCCAAAAAAACCUCCACGUGUCUUCUCCCAAAUUGAGAAGGUCAAUCUUGUAUUGUCAGACGAUGAGGUCACUCAACCACACAACAUCAGUAGCAAUUUUGUAUCAGUUCCGAAAAAAUCUAUAUGGCGCUCUUCCAAAGUCGAUAAGGCCAAAAAGGCUGUGAACGUCCUCAAUAACUGUCCUUUAUCUACACCUGAUGCCCCUUGCAACCAAUGCAAGAUUGAGGUAAAUUCAGCGGACAAGGAAUUUCAAUGUCAUUGUGGUCAAAAGACAAUAGUUUUACGUGGUGGGCGCACUGAGAAAGUGCUCAGUCAUUGGAAGACUAAGGCAUGUACACAGAAGACAUCUACAUUACGUUCAAAUGCGGUGUUGGUUGGAUUUCUGGCUAAAUCAGAUGGAGACAAACAACAGGUCAAACGCGGCUUUGUUGAGAUCAAUUGCCCUGGUCUCACCGAUGCUACAUGGGAUCGACCACAAGCAAAACACUCAAUCCGAUAUUUUCUUGAACAUACCUGUAGUAUCUAUCGGGGAAAUAAUCAACACCGCAUAUGCCAAGAGCUUUUUGGGAAGGAUGCUAAUGAAAAAACUCUUUCACCCGAUGAAAAAGCUCGAUUGAUGACUACACUCGAUGCUCGAGCAAUAUGGGAGGUCAAACGUCAUGGAGCACGCACUGGCAAGGGUUUAUUCAAAGAUCGUGAAGCGGUUCAAGGGUUGUUCAAGAGUGUUGCUGUGCGAGCGGAGCGUGAGCUGGGGGGCAAGUCUCUCCGAGGAAUGCGGGUCGAUCCGUAUCUAGACGACUGCCUCACGACUCUAGGAGCAAUGAGUCGCAGUGCACUCAAUCUUUUUAGCAAGACUUUUGCAGGUCGAACAGCCCAAAGUCAACGUAUGAUUGAGGCGAAAAGUGGAGGAAAGUUGGAACCCGAAAUACAUCCAGCCAACUUCCAUCAAAUCGCCAAGAACCUUCAAGAGUUGGGGUACGCUGGACCAAUCUCAGCUGCUUCUGAUCAGACAGUGUGUGUCAAGACACUGCGACAUCAUAAUCAAUGUCUAGUUGGUGCGGAGGGAGGCGACAAGCCAUUUGAAAACGAUGAAGAACUUAAGAUACUUAUGAAAGACAUAGUUGACAAUGACAAGUUAUGUUCAAAGAUUCGAGCUUACACCAUCCAGGUGCCGUUGCCAAAUAUUCCAACUUAUGUAGUAGCUCUCAUAGCUAGUUGUUCAAAGGAAGGAGCAAAAGAUAUCGCAGACGAGCAUGCAGCUGUUAUUGAUCUGGCACACAGAUCUGGAAUCAUGAUCAUUUCAAUGGGAGCUGAUGUACAUGUCAAAGUGCCUCUGUUUGGAAAUCCUCCUCGCCCAGUUGUGGCUGUGCAGGAUCCUAAGCAUGCUAGAAAGACUGGAGCAAAUCAACUUUUAUCCGGUUCGCGCUUGCUUGUCAUGGGAAAGUAUACCAUCACUAUCCAACAGCUUGCAGAGAUUCUCAAGAUGCCCAAUAGUCCUCUUCUAGCAAAGGAUGUAUUUGAUAGUGAUAAGCAAGAUGAUGGACGAGCUUUUCGAACUUUAUCUGCACCUACUCUUUCCGCCUCGCUUUGCCUUGAAUCAUCUACAGGCUUGACAAUUUUUCUCUUCAUCACUGGCGAGUUGGUCGAUUCUUGGUUGAGUAAGACUAUGGGACACCGAGAGCGCAUACGCUCUGCAUGGACUGCCGGAUUCUUCUUACGACGAUGGAAAGGCUACCUUCAAAAACGCGAGAAAGAGACAAAUGACUACUAUCCAGACUAUCCAUUUUGUCCUUGGAAGCAUGGAACUGAAUCAUGCGAACAUGUAUUUGGAUGGAUGCGAGUACUUUCACCUCGCUUCUCUGUCCUUGAUGCUCGGUUCAUGAUGCCAAAGAUUCAUGCAGUGGUUAAAAGUGUAAUGAGUGGCAAAAUAAAGAUUCCUCCUUCCAAACAUAUCCACUCCGGUUAUCAAUAUGCUUUUGGCGACGAGGGAAGCUUAGAAACAAUCAAACACCUUCGGACUUACCCAACUAAUGCUGAGAUCUCUGAGGAUCUGACCAUUGCCAAUCAAAUUGCAAAUAGUCUAGCUCAUUUAGCAGGGAUGGGUCCAUUAGAUCCCAAAGAUGAUGACUUACCCGCUGAGGAGGAUGAUCUACCUUCUGAUGAUGAAGACCUUGGUCCAUAUAUGACUGAUAGUUCACCUGACAUAUCAACAUGCGCAACUAAAGACUACCGUGUUCAUUACGCUUCCAAGGCUGGAGACUUUUCCGAGGAGGUUGCUUUUGCCAAGGCUGCAACAUUAGCAAAAGAGCAGAAUACACUUGAUCUACUACUUGAUCAGGUGCCUGAAAAUUUCGAAACCAAAGCGAUUCGGAAUGCAGCCAUGUCUAUCAAAAACUUGAUGAAUCCAUCUGGUAUGUAG